CAUUCUUCAUUUCAUAGCCAUAACAUCAAAGACAGUACGUGAUAACGUUUUGUUCUACCAGAAAACAUUAUGGUUUUACUUUUAAUGGUUCUACCUUGUACACAUACGGUAAGAAAGCAGUGAAUGUGUUUAGCUAGCUAGCUAGCCAACUACCUAACCAACUAGAAAUCUGGAUUAUUGAAUGGAUCCCACUGAUUGAGACAUGGAGGGCAUGGUUUAGCCUUUUCUUUUCAUACUGGUAAAUUAGCUAGCCUGAUUAAGCAAAAUAGUAUAGUGUCUUGCUUAGUCAGACUAUGGCUAAGGUUAGCCAGGCCAGCUCUGAUAAACAAUAUGGGCUUGAAUUUCUGGUUCCUAAACCCCAAUCUAAUGAGUGUGUAGUCUAUUAUAAUUUCAAUUUCAAGUCUAUCUGUAUUUAUGAGCUUUGAAAUAAGAAAAUUAUUAACUAUGUAGUUAAAUGAUUCUACUUUGUCUUUCCCUCGUGUGUGUGUGUCUGUAUUUCUUUCAGCCUGCUGUGGAGUGAGCCAGUGGGUAAUGGAUGGAGCAGGAGGAAGUGCCGGACACAAUUGGUCAGGCCAGACACUCUUUGGAUGCAUCAAUAAGAGGUUGGUGUCUGAAUUUCACUAUUAUAACUUCUCUCAUAGAAUGUCAUCCAUUGACCACUACAUGUGAUAUCAUGCCUUCAAAUGAUGGUAUGAUUAUUAUUUUCUCAUACAUAAUUGUGUUCCUUGACUAUUAUAUAUUUGCAUAUGAACUGAUAUUGCUCACCUUAACCCUAUUUCGUUGUUGAUACAUUUUAGAGAGGAAGAUUAAGACGGUUGGACAGAACCUUCAGAGACUGUAGAGGGGAAUGACUCCCCGUUCAAUGGAACAGACGCAUCACAGCCCAGAGUAAGGGGUUCCUCCUGUCUCUUCACUGAGGUUUCAGAGUCAAGUGAGGAGGAUGAAGAUGCCCUUUCCUCUGAGACAAAACCAUAGAGAACAGAGCUUCAAAAAAUAGAAAAAUCAUCUCCAGCCCUAAAGCAGCACAGAAAAUGGGGCAAAAGAAGGCCACGCCUCUCUCCAUCCACUCCACCCUGGACACCCAUCCCUGCCAAAUCCAGGAAGAACGCUCAUCCAGCCACACCUCUUAACAGUGGGUCAGCGAGGAGGUGGAGGACUGAGGAUGAACCAGAACAAGAGCCUAAACCGUUCCGCUUCGAACCAGCCAGGACUCCAGGACCCCAGCUAGACACUUCAAAGAACUACACCCCUCUAGAGCUCUUCCAGCUGUUCUUCAGUAAUGACAUUGUUGAUACUCUCCGCUCAAACACAAACAAGAAUGCCAAGAGAAGACAGGAACAGGGAUUUAAAGAAACAUGGAGACCUGUAUCCAUGGAGGAAAUGUACAAAUACCUCAAGAUUUCGGGCCAAUCACCUAUUCACUGCACUUGAGUGACCCAGCAGAGGAUGAGGAAAAGGCCAAGAAGAAGGGGACUGCAGGGUACGAUCGGCUCAUGAGAAUCAAACCUCUCAAAGACCAGCUAUUGGAGACAUGCAGGGACUUCUCCUAUUCCAGAACCUUUCCAUUGAUGAGCGCAUGGUGCGCUCCAAGGCCCACCAAAGCCUCAAACAAUACAUGAAAUCCAAGCGCUACAGGUAUGGAUUCAAGGUCUAUGUUUUAGCUGAUUCACGAAAUGGCUACACCUGUGACUUCAAUGUAUUUAUAGGCAAGAACCCAUCUGCUACAGGAAAAGGGGAGUGCUAUGACGCUGUCAUGAUCCUGUUGAAUGUCCCUCACUUGGGCACAGGGUACCACAUUUACCUUUGAUAGCUAUUUCACCAGCGCAACUCUCUUCCGUGACCUGUACAAGAAGAAAUUGGGAGCAUGUGGAACCAUACGUGAAAACCAUGUGGGCCUCUCUGGCAUCCAAGAGAACAGCAUGCCUCCCAGAGCAAAGAGAGGGACCAUCCGCUGGCUUCGUGGCUGGGAGCUGCUCUUCAAGUAG